AGCCAAAGGAAGCGAAGGAAAUCACAUAUAUCUAACAAGAGAAAGCAACAGUAGAAUUGGGAACAAUUGACUUACAUAUAUUCUUGUAUACACAUCAACACGCUUUCUCUCUCUCUCUCUCUCUCACACAACAUUUCUUGUUACUCCUUUCAGAUGAUUAGAAUAACAGAUUCCUUGCAGUUUACCUCUUUCGAAAUCAUUUUCGUCUGUCUUCGUUGAUCUUGAUUCAUCCGGUUCGGUUUCUGUGGAUGCAGACGCAAGAACGUUUAAUUCAAAGUGCGGGAAUUUUCAGUGCAUCUGAUUUUGUUGAAACUUGGAGGCAAAGAAAGUGGUAGAAACCUUCCUAGAACUUCUGUAAGAGAAAGGACAGUUGAUUUCGGAAUUUUGAAGCCAUUAAGAUAUGUGAAUCGAGUUAUGGCAAGUUUGGAGACUACCAAGAACAUCCACGUACAAGUUCAAGAAGCAGAACUCAGACCUUCCUCCAUAAACCUAAUCAAGACGCAAGAACCUAGCAACUUUCCACCCGAAACAACGACAGCCGGACAAUUUCUCAGGAGGCUCUUUAAGCUUCUUUUUUACUUGCACUUGAUCCUCAUCACGAUCUUCAUAAUCUUCCUUACGCUCUAUGGCCUCAUCUUCAACACUCGCACUCACCAUUUCCGACCCCUUGAGUAUUACCCUCCAUUGCUCACUGCAAUUGGGUGCUCUGCAAUUUUUUCUUUCAUAUGGCAGUGGAUCACUAGCUCAAGCCCUUCCAAAGCCUUCAAGGCAGCGUUCUGGCUUAGCCCUUUGCUAACAUGUGCGGUCGGUGUACUACUCAUAGACAUAAGUUCUCCUGCGAGUUUGGCUGCAGGUGUGGUUGCAAUCGUUUGUGCCGUCGUUCAGUCUCUGUAUGCCUGUUGGGUCAGUCCCCGUUUUGACUACGCAAUUCGAGUUUUAUCAGUUUCCACUGCCUUUCCUACUCCGAAGACUACAACAUUAGUCAUUCGAUCAAUUUCCGUCAGCAUUCUUUACUCGUGUCUCUUGGUGUCCGGCAUUGGAAGAGCCACUGCUAUCAGGAGUAGUUGGAAAGUCCUGUUCAUCGCACUAAUCUUGCUAAGCAUGGCAUGGACGAUGCAAGUAAUCAAGAACACGCUGCUAGUUACUGUCUCGCGAAUCAAGUAUAUGAACUUCACAUUUGGAACAGAGAUUGACACGAAUGAGGCUUUUCGUGACACCAUUAAGCACUUGACUGGGUGUAUCUGCAUCGGCUCCAUCUUGGUCCCGGUUCUUGGGGUUAUCCGUGGUUCAGCCCGAGCCAUGAAACUGACUGCAGGGGAUACAGACGAGUUUCUGUUUUCGUGUGCCAACUGCUAUUCAGGAAUGGCUUCGACGCUGGUGAUGUAUGGGAAUCGCUGGGGUUUUGUGCACGUAGGAGCGUACAAUAAGGAGUUUGUGCAGGCAUCGUCGGAUACUUGGGAGAUGUUCGGGAACGAAGGACUGAAAGAAUUAAUCGACUGGGAUCUCACCGGAUCGUUCUGUUUUCUUUCAGGGGUGGCAGCAGGUGCAAUCUGCAGCCUAGUGAGCGGGACUUGGGCUCUUAUAAUUCACAAGAGCUAUGCUACAGAAGUUUUAAUAUACGCAUUCUUCAUCGGAUACUUCAUGUGUAGGGUUGCUAUGGCAUGGCCACAAGCAUGUGUCUCGUCUUACUACGUGGCGUAUGCAGAAGAUCCGCGGAGCAUUAGAUUUGAUUCGACCAUACCUGCUCGUAUUGAAGAGCUCCGGAGAUUUCAGGCAUAACAAUUGCAAGCUAAGCUAUCAACAAGUAAUCAAGCCUAUCGCAGCAGCAGUCGACUAGAAAGACUCAUUCUCAAAUCAUUCAAGAGGCAUAUAUCAGAAAGUACCAUAACAGAAAUAGAUCAGACGAGCUAAACAUGGAAACUUGUAACUUUCGUGUUUGUAUAUGUCGAAAAUCUUAGACUACAUCUUACCAGACCAUGAAACUAAGUACGUAGCAUUUUUCUGUUGAUUAUACUACAUUUUCCAAACUAAACUGCGAUCUGUACAUAGAAAUUUUA